AUGCUCUUUCUUUUUCCCAUCAAUCAUGAAGGAGCUCUUUAAGCGCAACAAAGCAGAGCAACAAAAAGUCAUCUUGCACAGGGACGUUGAUGUUGUCAUCGACCAGCGUCGUCGAUGUAAGUCUUAAUCUCACCAGGUCACUUACUUCUAGCAAGAACUUGGAUGCACUACUUGCGCACCUUAAGCGGCCUUCAGGAGAGAACCACCGUCACGAUGACUGGGCGGUGCUACCUGACUCUCUUGGGGACAAAGUCAAGGAUCGUGAAAAGGAAAAGGAGCGAGGAGUUGACAAAGAGGCUCGACAGCGCCUUUGGCGCGAGAAAGAUAAUUCCUCAGAGCUUAUCGUGACGCGCAUGAUUGUAUACCUUACAGCAACCUCGUCGGAGGAUCGGAGGCUCGUGCUUGAGGUCUGCCGCAAGCUUGCGUCUGAAACGAAUGCCAAGGAGGCUGUGAGAGCCCUUAGGAAAGAAUUGAAAUAUGCAGAGCCUAAAUCUCAAUUAUCUGCUGCUAGGUUAUUGGAAAUAAUGCUCCGCAACGCGUCCGAUACUUUCCUUACUCAGAUCAGUUCCCGUAAAUUUAUUGACACCCUCGAGGACGUGCUAACAAGCACGAGAACAUGCCCUGUUGUUAGAAACCGACUAAUGAAGGUGCUCGCAGUCGCCGCCUUCACCACCAGUUCACGUACUGGCAGUGACGGAUUUCGUGACCUAUGGAUACGCUUGAAACAUGCCGACAAGCCUCAUGUGGGGAUUUCCUUCGACACUGAUGAUGCUACGUUCAGCCUCCCCAUAGUUCCCCACCAGCGUUGUUUUAUUCCUCCCGAGGACAUGAAGCUCUUGUUCCAGCAAUGCAAGAUCGCAAUGGGAAAUGCGACUGUCCUUAGCGAAAUGCUUGCACGUGCAAAACCGGAACAGAUAGAAGGGAGCCCAAUACUCGAUUUUCUGUCAAAAUGCGAUGCGUCACAGGAACUGAUUGCCACCCAAAUUCCAUGGGCGUCUGAAGGCGCUGAACGGUCGCGUAAUGACAGAAAAAGGAAUGCAGAGGGAAAUAGACAUACGGAACAACAAACUAUGGAGGAGGAACUUCUUGACGCGUUGGUUGAUGCGAAUGAAGCGCUGCUGGGGGCAUUGAAUAUGUAUGACAAUGUUAUGCGGGUGGCGGAGGAGCAGGUGACUGUUGAUAUUGUCCAAGUCAGCAACGAUGUGGAGAUGGACCGAAGACACAAUAAAAAUGAGUACCUCGAAGAAUCUCACCAUGAUUAUGGAGGCGGCUACUCACGCAGGCCAUCACCAUCACCACCUACCUCUCCUCGCCAAACCGAUCUCCCUUUGGUUAUUCCAUCACAAACCCAUCCCCUUCCUCGGAUCCCAUUGGCACUCUCUCCUACCCAUUCGCACUACGAUUCUCCACCACAGUUCUUGAGCACAUCAAUAAUGCCAGCGCGGCCGCCUCCGCCCAUGGGACCUCGUUCGUCUACAUCCCCGUCGCGCCUGCCUGCGUCAGAUAGGGGUGGUAUCGCACGUCCAUGCGGGAACUUGUUGGAACUAAUAGACUGCUUGCACACUGAUUCAGAAGAGGAAUUUCCAAUACGGCCGAGUGUGAAGGCACUCAGGCAAAGGAGGGUCGUGAAGGAAGUCGAUGACGGUGCGUUAUGUUCUUGUUAG